AAACGGCUUAAGAGAAAAAUUUCACGAAUGUUAUAUGAAAAAAGUGAUUGCUCUGCAACACAUAAUGUACAAAUACGUGGAUUACAGAAAGAUAUUGAGAAGCUUGAGGGUGACGAGAGAGAUUAGAAUAUAGAGAUAAAUAAACUAAAGGAUCAGAUAGAUAAGCAGCAUAGCGAUGUCCAGAACAGUAGGCAAGAAGUAAAAAUGAUAGAAAAUCAAAAGUUUGAUUUGCUCAAGGAAUUUCAAGAUGAAGAGAAUCUCAACAUGAAAUUAAGGAUUAAGAACAAAUAGAAAACCUAAACAAGGAUCUACAAAAGGAAAAUGAGGCACUUCAAGAGGAAAUCAAUGCAAAAAACACAAAGUUGAACAAAUUAGAAAAGGAACGGAACUAAUUGCACGGCAAAUUAACCGUUCUCCAGGCUGAUGUCGCCAAAUACAAAAGUAAAGUCCUGGGGAUGAACAAUAAAUUCAUGCGUAUAAAAGGUAACAUGCAGAAUUGUAUUGACACUUAUAAUAAUCCCAAAGAGUUUGUAAGGUGAAGAUCCUUAUAAACCGACAUGCCACCAUUAAUAUGUUUGACAAUAAAGUUUAACAAUGCAUGAUGCAAAUCCGUGAAGCAGCGAGACCGUGACUUUUAAUUUAGGGAUUUAUAAAGGAUUUAUGAACUAGUUCUCUACUUACACCUGGAAUCAUAUGUUUAUUUUCAAAUUUCACAUCUUCCAACUGUCAAUUAUGGGGCGGGCCUAUGACAUCAUUAUCUGGACAUUCCAUUUGGGCGGGGCAUCCAGGUGAUGACUCAAAUCACCUAGGUGGAAUGUGGACGGUUGCCCCGCCCACAUUGUGGGCGGAGCACAUGGAAUCUGAGACCUCACAAUAACAGAACUGUAUAGUUGCGGCUAGGACUUCAGACUGAUCGGAGGUAUUGUACCAAACUCACGAAAAAAUGUCUAUAGAUCCGUUAGAGGAAAAAAAGUUUCGACUGGCUACGCCACAAGAACAAAUUGAUAAGUUAUCCAAAGAGCUUAAAUCUACUAGGAAAGAACACAGGGUAUUGAAAGCAAAAAAUACGGCGACAGAGGCAGAAAACAGGAAACUACUCUUUUCAAUGUUCGAGAAAGAUCAAAAGAUUAAAGCUCUAGAAGCUUCAUAUGGAGAUUAUUCUACGAAAAUACAGAGGACAUUGGAAGAGAAAAACGCAGAGAUUGAAACAUUUAAAAAGCGAGAAAACUUGUACAACGAAACAAUCAAAGAGAACAAAACCCUCAGUGAAAAAUUAUCUCAGCUAGAAGAAAAGUGGAAAAAUGAUAACAAAAUACUGGAGGACACUCUUUUGAACAAUAAGAAGGAAUAUAUUCGUUCCAUGUCUAAGAUGGAGAAAAAGCUGGAGAAAACAAAUGAAGAGUUAGGUAAAAAGGGAAGGGUAAUUGAAGCUUUAAAUAGAGCCUGUAGAGAGGCAGUGCGCACACCAAUAAAAGACAAAAAAUUUGAAUCUUUUCAAGAAGAGCUUAAACUUGAGAGAGAACUCAAAAUAGAAGCAAUCGAGGAAAUUAAACGUUCGUUUCAAGAAAAAAUUUGUGAAAUGCAAAAGGACUUAAAACGCAAGGACAUGCUUAAAAAAGAUCUUGAAUUUCUAAAAGAUAGAGAAAUAGAUAAAUUACAGAAAGCUAAUGAUGAUUUUUGGUAUGAAAGGACAUCUUUGAAUAAGGAGAUCGCUAAAGGAAAAGAUGUGAUAGGAAAGCUGCAAAUGGAUGUCGUGAACUGUAAUAACGAAGUAAAAAAGAUAGAAAAUGAAAAGCUUGAUUUGAUCAAGCAAAAUCAAGAAGUAGAGAAUCGCAUCAUUAAAUUAAGGAUUAUAUGUACAACUAAAGAAGAACAAAUAGAAAACCUAAACAAAAAAACUGAGGAUCUACAAAAGCAAAAUGACGCACUUCAAGAGGAAAUUAAUGCAAAAAACACAAAGUUGAACGAAUUAGAGAAGGAACUGAACUGCGUGCGUGGCAAAAUACCCGUUCUCGAGGCUGAGGUCGCCAAAUACAAAAGUAAAGUCCUGGGGAUGAACAAUAAAUUCAUGCGUGUAAAAGUUAACAUGAAGAAUUGUCUUGACAGUUAUAAUAAUCCCAAAGAGUUUGGAAGGAGGUUUCGUCUGCUGAAGAACACUAUCCAGGACAAGACCGACAUGACCAAGAUCCAAAGCUUCUCAGCAGAAUGUGAUAACCAGGUCAAGAAUAUUAGGGAGAAAUGUAAUGAAAUAAUCGCUCACAAAGACUUUUCCUUAAAGAAAUUGAAAAGACAGAUUAAGGUUUUAGAAAAGAAAGAAGAUAGCUGGUUGGCCUGGAAAUCUCAAAUGUAUGAAUCCAUGACAUUCUUGAGAAAUGAGCUUGGAGAAAGGCAUGUGGAGAUUCGAAGACUCGAAGCUGAGCUUAGGAGACUGAAAAAACACCGUAAGGUCCAGAGGUAAUCUAAAGGUAUUUUGUUUUUUGGUUUUGACUUAAGCCUGAUGUUACUGUUUUGAUUUGGGUUCUGCUUGUCAGGUUUCUGUUUCUGAUGUUUUUUCUUUUGAGUAUCCAGUUUUGCUUUGCUCCUUGUUUUCUAAUUUUAGUGGGUUAAUUCUUAGUUUAUUGGGUUUUUCUUAGUUACUUAAAGUUUGCAUGGUCUCCCUGAGCAUGCGUGGGUUCUCUCCGGGUGCCCCGGCUUCCUCCCACAAUUCCAGGUUUCUGUUUCUGAUGUUUUUUCUUUUG